AUGCUAUCCAUGCACCUCAACGGCGGUACUGGCCAAAAAGGCGUUGAAGAGGCGCAACUUGCGGCGGUAUUUUUGAUAAUAACGAUGAUGUGGCGUAGGAGGCACACUUCGCGUGUCUACGGCCGUAGCUUGCCGUAUUGUGUCAGGGGAGCUUGCGCCGACCUCGCUCGCUCUAGAUGA